AUGGCGAUUGAUGAAAAGACCAGACUUUUGGAUGCCAUUUCAAUCAAUGAAGAUGAUGGACCAAACUCAACUCCAAAGAUAGUGAAGCGUAAACCAAGAAACGACGAUGGAAUCAGUAGCAAGCUGUUGGUAUUCCUCGGUUUGAAGGAGAAGAAAAAGGCAGAGAAAGAUCCAAACAAGGAGAGAGAAUUCAACAUCAAGUUCCGUGAUCUCUCCAUGAUGAACAAACAAGAUAUUCUCAUAAAGACAGCAACACCCGAGCAAGGUUUGACAGAGGCUGAAGCAAAGCGUCGUCUCACCGAGUACGGUUUGAACGCAAUCAAGACUGUCAAGCCAACACCAUGGUACAAGCUGCUCUUCACUGCGUUGACACAUCCUUUCAACAUUGUAUUGACUGUUAUUGCCGUUGUCUCUGCUGCCACCCAAGACUAUGCAACAUGUACCGUCGUUAUGCUUAUGGUUCUCUUGUCUGCCGGUCUUCGUUUCUACGAGGAGCACAAAUCCAGCAAGGCUUUCACCCAUUUGAAAUCGCUGAUCAAGACCACCGUCACAGUGCGUCGUCGUAACAGCGACACCGACGCCGUUGGAACCGACAAGCUUAUCGACAUUGAGGAGGUCGUUCCAGGUGACGUCGUCCCCUUGAAAGCAGGAGACGUCUUCCCAGGAGACGUCCGUAUUCUCGAAUCCAACAGUCUUUUCGUAUCGCAAUCUUCACUGACCGGUGAGUUCUUGCCAGUCGAGAAGUCAGCACACCACUCUGUCGUACAAACCUCAAUUUUCGAUACUCCCAACAUCUGUUUGAUGUCAACCAACAUCGUAUCCGGUAGUGGUACAGGUUUAGUAUUUGAAACUGGAGUUAGGACAUACAUCUCAUCGAUUUCAGAGAUUCUCACCAGCACCAAAACAACCAACUCCUUCGAUGUCGGAGUCAAGAAAGUCGCUUACCUUCUUAUGUGUUUCUGUUUAACAAUGGUACCAAUUGUAAUUAUUAUCAAUGGUUUAACAACUCGUGAUUGGGUUGAUUCUGCCAUGUUUGGUUUAACUGUUGCUGUAGGUAUUACACCAGAAAUGUUACCAAUGAUUCUCAAUGCAAAUUUAGCAAAGGGUGCAGAUGAUAUGUCAAAGAAAAAAACUAUCGUUAAACAACUCAGUUCAAUUCAAAAUAUGGGUGCAAUGGAUGUUUUAUGUUCAGAUAAAACAGGUACUUUGACAGAGGAUGAAGUACAAUUAUCAGCUCAUAUUGGUCCAGACAAGCAAGACUCUGAAGAUGUUUUGAAGUUUUCAUUCUUGAACUCCAACUUCCAGAAGGGUUUGAAGAAUGUGUUGGAUGUCUCCAUUAUCGAUUAUUACAAUGAAAAGUUUGCAAAUGGUUCCACCCCACCAGUCUCCACUGAAUACAAAUUGCGUGAGGAGUUCCCAUUCGAUUUCACACGUCGUCGUGUCUCUGUUAUCUUGGAGAAGGAAGACGACCAAUUGUUGACACUCGUCUGCAAGGGUGCCGUUGAGGAAGUUCUCAGCUGUUGCACUCAUGUCACCAACAAAAACUUGGGUAAGAUCGAGUUGACCGAAGCACUCCACAAGAGUCUCUUGCAAAUCUCUAACGAUCUCAACGUCGAUGGUUUGCGUGUACUCAGUGUUGCCACCAAGCCAAUGAAUACCGAGCCAGGUCACGUCUAUGAUGUCAAGACCGACGAGAAGGGAAUGACUUUCUUGGGAUUCCUUGCUUUCAUCGAUCCACCCAAGUCUGACUGUGCCGACGCCAUCACUCAUCUCCGUAACAACAACGUCCAAGUAAAGGUAUUGACCGGUGACAAUCUUGCAGUCGCCAAGAAGAUCUGUCGUGACGUAGGUAUCGAUGUCACCAAAAUUAUCUCUGGUCCAGAGUUGGAGGAUGCCACCGACGAGGAAUUCGAUAAGAUCGUCGAGGAGUGCACUCUCUUUGCCAAGUUGACACCCAUCCAGAAAUACAAUGUCGUUCGUGCUCUCAAGAGACACAAGCAUACCGUUGGUUUCCUCGGAGACGGUAUCAAUGAUGCUCUUGCUUUGCGUGAAGCAGAUAUCGGUAUCAGUGUCGACACUGCCACCAACAUUGCCAAGGACGCAUCCGAUAUUAUUUUGCUCGAAAAAUCAUUGAAUGUCAUCAACACUGCCAUUAGAACCGGUCGUAUCACUCACGCCAACACCAUCAAGUACAUCAAGAUGGCUGCCUCCUCCAAUUUCGGUAAUGUUUUCUCCAUGUUGAUCGCCUCUGCAUGGCUUCCAUUCAUCCCGAUGCAACCACUUCAACUUUUGACUCAGAAUCUUUUGUACGAUUUCUCACAGAUCGCCAUUCCUUGGGACAAUGUCGACGAAGAGUUCCUCGAGAUUCCACAUCCAUGGUCCGUUAAAUCACUCUUUAAGUUCAUGGUGUUCCUCGGUCCAAUUUCCUCGAUUUUCGACGUUUCUACUUUCUCAUACAUGUGGUGGUAUCUCGGUUGGGACAACAGCUCCCCUGACAUCGCCAAAAAGUUCCAAACCGGUUGGUUCGUUGAAGGUCUCAUUACACAAGUUUUCAUCGUACACAUGAUUCGUACACAAAAGAUUCCUUUCAUUCAGCGUUGGGGUUCAUGGCAACUCACACUCAAUACUUUGUGGGUCGCUUGUCUCGGUGUCGCCAUUCCUUACAUUCCAAAAUUCGGUACUUUCCUCGGACUCGUCGAAUUGCCACCAAUGUACUAUCCAGGUUUGGCCGCUUCUUUCUUUGGUUACUUCUUCUUGACUCAGAUCAUCAAGAAGAUCUACAUUGCAAUCUUCAAAGAAUGGUUAUAA